UCCUUUGUAAAUCUGCAGCCAAGCAAUGGGCCAGAAAAUCUCAGGGAGCAUAAAGUCUGUGGAUGUGAGGGAGCCCCCGUACAGACCUGUUAAACGAGAGCUGAGAGGCCCAGAUUUUUGCAAGCCGGCGCGACUGGACAUGCUGUUGGAUAUGCCCCCUGCCAAGCUGGAGGUCCAGUAUAAACACGCUUGGAACAAUGAGGAUCGUUCCUUAAAUAUAUUUGUAAAGGAAGAUGAUAAACUGACUUUUCAUAGACACCCAGUUGCCCAAAGCACGGACUGCAUCCGGGGCAAAGUUGGCUACACGAGAGGCCUCCACGUCUGGCAAAUCCACUGGCCCACGAGACAACGGGGAACUCACGCGGUGGUGGGUGUCUCCACGGCUGAAGCUCCGCUGCACUCGGUGGGAUACACGUCAUUGGUUGGUAGCAAUAGUGAAUCGUGGGGCUGGGAUCUGGGACGCAACAAACUCUACCACAACUGUAAAAACCAGCCUGGGAUCACGUAUCCUGUAUUUUUGGAACCGGACGAGUCUUUUGUACUCCCAGACUCCUUACUGGUGGUUUUGGAUAUGGACGAAGGGACGCUUAGCUUCAUGGUAGAUGGACAAUAUCUUGGAGUGGCCUUCAGAGGACUAAAAGGGAAAAAACUUUACCCCAUAGUCAGUGCAGUUUGGGGGCACUGUGAAAUUACAAUGAGAUACAUCAACGGACUUGACCCGGAACCCCUGCCUUUAAUGGACUUGUGCCGAAGAUCAAUUCGUUUUGCUCUUGGCAGAGACCGCCUGCAUGACAUAGAAAUUCUACCUUUGCCUCUGUCUCUGAAAAAUUAUUUACAGUACCAAUAAGACGUCUAGAACUCUGGCCUCACAUCGGACUACAUCAAUGCAAA